AUUUAGCUGUAGCGAGUCUCGCAGAGGCUCUGAGUGUCAGAGAAACCCUGCAAGAGAGUUCAGCUCCCAACUUAUUUCAUGUCACCGCCGGUGUAAAUCGAAGGGAAUACGCGCUAUCGACAAGCCUCCAGCUUCUAAGACGGAAUUCAUGGAUGAUCGGGGACUUUCGCGGACGGCGUUUCACGGGAUUUUUCCCCUCACAGAUGGGAAUGUAGCUUAGCUGGUUAGCCUGGCCACUAGCAGUAGCAGGCUAGCCGUGUCGAAGAGCGGAGGCGACAUAAGUUGACUUUUACUCGCUGUAACGUCAUAACACCUCAACAAACCGCCUCAGUCUUUCCAAAGACGCGUUUCUGAAGGCGUCGCCGUCACAGAAACAGCGAUUCGGGACUGUAUUCGGCCAGGUUCAAGGGAACUUCUCGUCUUAGCUGACUGGCUAGCUGGCCGUCACGUCAAUCUGUCAACCGAACCCAAAAUCCCGACCGGAUAGUUCGAGCCACAUACGGAAGAAACGAACCUCCCCCUCUUCGGCCUAUUCUGGUAUACAAGCUUCUGGGACGGUGGAUUAGGAGCCUGUUAGCCGGGAGGUGACACUCGCAUUGGGUUAACGGAACCGGUUCGGGCGGCCGUCGGGACCCAGCGGAGUUUCUGAAGUUCGUGUACUGCGAGCCGGGGACGGAACCGGACAGAGACCUCAUGAAUGGAAAUCGGAACUACAGGAGCCGUUGGGGCCCAGUCCCUGUUCUCCGUGCCACGGAGGCCCGGCUAUGGCACCGUGGGGAAACCCAUCAAGCUGCUGGCCAACUGCUUCCAGGUGGAGAUCCCCAAGAUGGAUGUCUACCUGUAUGAGGUCGACAUCAAGCCUGAGAAGUGUCCACGCCGUGUGAACAGGGAGGUUGUGGACUCCAUGGUGCAGCACUUCAAAGUCACCAUCUUUGGGGAUCGAAGGCCAGUUUAUGAUGGGAAGAAAAGCCUCUACACCGCCAACCCACUGCCUGUGGCGCCUGCGGGGGUGGAUCUGGACGUUACGCUGCCAGGGGAGGGGGGUAAAGACCGACCCUUUAAAGUCACUAUUAAAUUCGUGUCCCUGGUGAGCUGGCACUUGUUGCACGAGGUACUGACUGGACGCAGUAUGCCGGAGCCGCUGGAGCUGGAUAAGCCAAUCAGCACCAACCCAGUUCACGCUGUGGAUGUGGUGCUACGCCAUCUACCCUCCAUGAAGUACACACCCGUAGGCCGCUCAUUCUUCUCUGCCCCGGAGGGCUACGACCAUCCUCUGGGUGGAGGCAGAGAGGUGUGGUUCGGCUUCCACCAGUCUGUUCGGCCAGCCAUGUGGAAGAUGAUGCUCAACAUUGACGUGUCAGCCACGGCUUUCUACAAAGCACAGCCAGUUAUUCAGUUCAUGUGUGAGGUACUGGACAUCCACAACAUUGACGAGCAGCCUCGCCCCCUCACCGACUCCCACCGAGUCAAAUUCACCAAAGAAAUCAAAGGUCUGAAGGUGGAGGUGACACACUGCGGAACCAUGCGGAGGAAGUACCGGGUCUGCAAUGUGACCCGCCGCCCCGCCAGCCACCAAACGUUCCCUUUGCAGUUGGAGAACGGCCAAACUGUAGAACGAACAGUAGCUCAGUAUUUCAGAGAGAAGUACAACCUGCAGCUCAAAUACCCCCACCUGCCCUGCCUACAGGUGGGCCAGGAGCAGAAACACACCUACCUGCCCCUGGAGGUGUGCAAUAUUGUAGCAGGGCAGCGGUGCAUCAAGAAACUGACAGAUAAUCAAACCUCCACCAUGAUCAAAGCCACAGCACGAUCAGCACCAGACAGACAGGAGGAGAUCAGCAGACUGGUGCGCAGCGCUAACUAUGAAGCAGACCCGUUUGUGCAGGAGUUCCAAUUUAAGGUGCGAGACGAGAUGGCCCACGUGACGGGGCGCGUGUUGCCCGCGCCCAUGCUGCAGUACGGGGGCAGGGUGAGCACAGAGCACUUUAUGAACCGCACUGUUGCCACACCCAGCCAUGGAGUUUGGGACAUGAGAGGGAAACAGUUUCACACCGGCGUGGAGAUCAAGAUGUGGGCUAUCGCCUGCUUCGCCACACAGAGACAGUGCAGAGAAGAGAUCCUCAAGGGUUUCACCGACCAGCUGCGUAAGAUCUCAAAGGACGCCGGGAUGCCGAUCCAGGGUCAGCCAUGUUUCUGUAAAUACGCACAGGGAGCCGACAGCGUGGAGCCCAUGUUCAGACACCUGAAGAACACCUACUCUGGCCUGCAGCUCAUCAUCGUCAUCCUGCCCGGAAAAACACCCGUCUACGCGGAGGUGAAGCGUGUUGGAGACACUCUUCUAGGAAUGGCCACUCAGUGUGUUCAGGUGAAGAACGUGGUGAAAACCUCCCCUCAGACGCUCUCCAACCUCUGCCUCAAAAUCAACGUCAAACUCGGCGGCAUCAACAACAUCCUGGUCCCGCACCAACGGCCGUCAGUGUUUCAGCAGCCGGUCAUCUUUCUGGGGGCGGAUGUGACACAUCCUCCUGCAGGAGACGGGAAGAAACCCUCCAUUGCAGCGGUGGUGGGCAGUAUGGACGCUCAUCCCAGCAGGUACUGCGCCACGGUGCGCGUCCAGAGACCCAGACAGGAAGUGAUUCAGGACUUGGCCUCGAUGGUGCGAGAGUUACUCAUUCAGUUCUACAAGUCCACUCGAUACAAACCCACCAGAAUCAUCUUCUACAGGGACGGCGUGUCUGAGGGCCAAUUUAGACAGGUGUUGUAUUACGAGCUGCUGGCCAUUCGAGAGGCCUGUAUCAGUCUGGAGAAGGAGUACCAGCCCGGCAUCACGUACAUAGUGGUGCAGAAACGUCAUCACACGCGCCUCUUCUGUGCCGAUCGCAACGAGAGGGUGGGUCGCAGCGGAAACAUUCCUGCUGGUACGACAGUCGACACGGAUAUCACACACCCCUACGAGUUUGACUUUUACCUCUGCAGUCAUGCUGGAAUACAGGGCACUAGCCGACCCUCCCACUACCAUGUCCUGUGGGACGACAACUGCUUCACUGCUGAUGAGUUCCAGCUGCUCACUUACCAGUUGUGCCACACGUACGUGCGCUGUACCCGCUCCGUCUCUAUCCCCGCGCCAGCCUACUACGCCCACCUGGUGGCCUUCCGUGCGCGAUACCACUUGGUGGACAAAGAACACGACAGUGCUGAGGGAAGCCACGUCUCCGGGCAGAGUAACGGCCGGGAUCCCCAGGCGCUGGCCAAAGCUGUGCAGAUUCACCACGACACCCUGAGGACCAUGUACUUUGCCUAAGCCAGCUCACAUCCAUCCCACGUUCGACUAGUCAUGCACACGAACCCGACAACCGCAUACACACGCCGUCACACCUCCCAAAAGCCUGUGCGUCCCGAAGGGUCGAUCUCUGUGGCGAUGGAAGCGCGGCCCGCCCCGACACUGUGCAGCAGGAUGAGGAAGGCCUGCUUUAAUUCCACACGUGGACCUCGGCACUAUUAUGCAAUAUUAAACCAGCCGACUGAGGCCGUUCUGUCACAUCCCCUCCAAAACCCAAACCAAAAGGGAAGCCCGUCUAUAUGUCCCCCCGCUCCUCUGUAGGCGUAACGUUAAAUUACUUCCCCUGCCUGUCACGCCUUGUACCUCAACGUUUUCUAACAGCACUUUGUCCUUCCCCCAAAAUGAGAUUCGAAUGGAAGCGGAUGGAAAGACUGAGUUCGGAAGAGAACGCAAGUUUCGGAGAACGCCUGCGCACAGAGGCGCUCAUACUAGCAAUGUACUUUCCUCCCGUUCUCAAUUAUUUUUGUAGCCAAUGGUGACUUAACUACGUGUUAAAGUGUCAGUCGUGAAGAACCAAUUGUGCGUUAGCAAUUUUACAAACACAAGCUUUUAUUGUUAGAAAAGUGCCAUUGCCGAGCGUAAAAAGUCCUUUAUGACGAACCCCGCCAGGGGGCAGAAAGCUGACCGUUGAUUUUUUUUGUUUUUUUUCAUUUGUUUUUAAGCAAAUUCACGCGCUUUCAUGUAACGCAAAGUGAUCAUGUUUUGAUGCUUGUUUUUACCACCCAAAUUCCCUCCAAUAUUUAUUUGUCUCGAUCAAACGCAGCUCCUAGCAGAUUUGUCUCGUUCGCUCCCCUCCUGCACUUUGUCUCGAUUUAGUCCGUGUUCUGUGACAGAUCAUAGUUUAGUGCAAUAAUCCGUUAGCAGGAUGAUAAUACCUCCUGUGCAAAGACUCCGUGUGCGAUUAGGGGGGGGGGAAAAAAAGGCAUCCGAAAGCGCGCGAUGGGCAUUGCGAUUGGUUUUUAUGAUGGAGGUGUGCAUGUUUGGCACUUUUAGAGUUUACUUUAGGUGAAAGUAAAGCAGCGUUACCUGACGAUUGACCGUAGUGUGUUAACAAGUGCCUGCGAGAAACGCAUGACGUCGGAGGUCAGAAACAGAACAAACGCAUCUCACUUCGGUGCACAGUUGCGACCGCAUUCGACUGUACGGCCUUAAUAAAAUCUCACGGUUUCAACGUCUCGAUUUUCACUGCCCUGCCUGUUCAAAGGAUUCCGCUGCUGUUGUACUUGUUCAAGUCCGACCGGCGGGUUCAUGCUUCAGUUCGCGCGUUCAAGGAGAAGCUUUGGCAGAACUCGAUUCGUGCUCGUUCACUGGAGGGCCACUAGGGGUCAGCGUAGUAUUUUACUUGAAGGGUGCAGUGAGCGUCGGGUGCCUUACCGUCUCUCCGUGUGCCAUCUGAAGCAUGUCCCGCUGCUUAAAGGUGAUAAUCUGCACUAAAUAAUGCGUAACGCAUGGUGCUAUUAGGUGCGGCCCGUGGCGGCAUCAGCAAUUGGCAGAGACUUAAUGUGUAAGAUGGAACAUGGGAUGCAUAAAUGGUGCUGGUUGCAUGUCUUUCUCUCACUCUGAGGAGAAAUGUCUCAUCAGGACAGACGUUUGGUCAUUUUGUAUGUUUGUUUGUAUGUUAGAUUUGCGUUUGAUUUUAUUGCAUAGAAAGGUACAGCACUGUGGCCAGUCCGAAUUGCACGAAGCACUAGAAAACAGAUUUUAAAUGCAUAACCUAAACAAGUUCGGUCCCUUUAAAAUCCACAAAUUUAUGCAAUCAGAUCAGUAUAAAUAAUCAGAUGAAACUAAUGCAGUAGGCUGCUCUGAUGGGCUCUGCGUUUAUUUUAAAGUGUGCAUUAGAGGAUGAUCCUGUCGAAGAAGGUACAGCAUGUUUCAUGCCCAUCAAAAGUGGUUUAAGUGACAGCAGCUACUGAAAUUGCGCCCUUUUUUAUUUCACCUUCCCGAAUGAAACCGCUUAUCGGUGCUUCAGAGCCUUGGAAGUAAAACCGUCUGUGUGUGGAUGCCAAACAGCUAUCAGUUUCAGAAGCAAUCUUGAUGAGGUGUCAUGCAAUUUUAUUUUUGUGUAGUUUUAACUUCAAAUAUAUAUAUAUAUAUAUAUAUAUUUUACUAACCCUUGCCACUUGGCAAGAAAUGUCUCUUUAAAGGAAUAGUUUGGUUCUAAAUGACUCUAAAGUUUUUGCUGCACAUGAGAUUUUAGUGAGUUUUAACCUCCUGAGACCCUGCAUCCUCAUAUGAGGACAUUAUAUUUUAGUCAGUGAGAGUUUUUUUGUUUUUUUUUUUCAGAAAUACUAUGUUUGGUAGUUUCACCAUGACCACUCCAUCUCCUUGGUCUUCAAAAAUGUCUAAUAUUAAUUUAGUGAAACACUUUAAAUCUGACUCAUUUUUAAACUGUCAUAAAUCACCAUCUCAGGAAAAUGUUAUAGAGAUUCAAAUCUAAAUAUGACUGUUACGAAACAGGACGUUGAUUUCAUACAUGUCGUCAUAUGAGGACACCGGGACUAAAAGCAUGUUAUUACGCAUUUUGGGAGACGCAACAAAUGAAUAUGGAUAGAAAUUACAUUUCAAUAUUCCUAUGAGAUAUUAUGUAUUAUUAUGAAAACCUUGUCAAUUCUUACUCCCAUUAUUACAUUUUUUUUUUUUCAUGAAAAACGUAUUAACAUGCAAAUUAGAUUUAGUUAAUAGAUACAUUGUGUAUGAGAUAACCUGUUUAUGGCCAUUUUACACACAUUUUGCAUAAAAAAAAAUCAGAAAAAUGGAAGAGACUCAUUUUGGUUAAAAAAAAUAAUCCUGAAAACUAAAAAUUUAUUGGAAAUUAAAAAAAAAAAAAAAAAAAAA